AUGUUUACACUUGGACAAUCAUCGCGCGAUUCGAAUGCAAUUCUUGAAGAAUCUGCCGUUCGGGAUUCACGAUCUUUUAUAUAUAUAGUGUACCGUUUAUGUGGACAUUUUGCCCCCCUUCGGCACUUUUAUUAUGGAAUAAGGAGGAUCGACAGGUCACGAAUACACGAUACACAUGUGUAUACAUAUACACCCUUUGAAUCUCACGAUCACUAUAAAUUAUACUCGGUCCUGAAUCGCCCGAUUGCAUAUAAACCCCCCUUUCAUCCAUAUAUGGUGGCAAUUAUUUGCUGCGACGCGUUGACAGAUGAAAAUUUAUAGACUCCCAAUGAAGAGAAUCGUCAAAGGCCACCGGCGUCACGAAUGAUCCGAUCAUUGGAUCAUGGUACACAAUAUGAUCUCUUGAACCUUUAAUAGGAUGCGUUUUCUUUUGCAAAACUAAAUAAAUAUAUAUGUAUAUAUUUAAUCCCGUAUUUCUCGUGUUCUAUUCUCUCCCCCUUUUCUCUCUCUCUCUCUCUCUUUCUUCUCUUUUCUCUUUUUUCUCAUCUCUAGUUCAUGAAUGUGUGGAACUUUGCUGACAUUUGUGUCCUUUACCGAACCCACAUUCCAAGAUCGACGGUAGCGAUGCCGACAUCAUCCGCCGAUUCGCUAUUUCUACGAAGGGCACGAAAAUUUUUUUCGAAGUUCAUUUAUAUGGUUCUUAAACCAUUUGCCCGAUUACACAAGAAUAAGCAUUUCACGAUCAUCAUCAUCUUUUUUUUUUACCAUAAUGCCGUGUUCUCAUUUUCCAAAAAUAAAUCUUUCGUAUUUUGAUUCUAUAUAAUCGAACUCUUAUGAUUUAAUCUCUCGUGUGAGAAAUAAGGCAUGUAGGUACUUUUAAUUGCAUCAUUUUCAUUUAAUGUCUUAUUCGCCUUGUUUGAUUUGUGAGUGUUAACACAUUCACUCUUCUCACCUAUAUUAUAUAUACAAAAACAGAUUGAGAAUAAUAAUUGUCAUGAUUUUUUUCACUCAUUUUCUGUGAGAAAUUCUUCUCUUCUUAGGAUUGUCUGAUAGAGAAUCAAUUAUUGUAAAUUAUAUAUACAAUUGCGCUAAUGUGACAUUUGAAUCACGAGGAAUUUUCCUGUUUUUUCGAAAACUUUUUUCGAAAACGAGAAAGAACAAAUCGAAAAAGAAUUUUUUUGAAAUUAUUUUUUUUUAUUAUUUUUCUUUUUUUUUUUUUUGAGGAAGUUCGAUUUUUGAGGUAAAUUUUACAUAAUUAGUGAAUAAAUUCACAAAAAUGUAUUCUUUGGAUUUCUAAAGAAGUUUUCUAGCUUUUCGAGAUGAUAAAUAUGAUUUAAACAAUUUUAUAUAAAAUUACAUAAGUGCUAAUAAAAAUUUACUCUAGAUUUACAAUUUCUAUUUAUUGUCAUAUAAUGGAAGAUUAAAAGUUGCACUUUGCGAGAUUUCUUUUUAAAGGAAUCAGUCUUCAUUUUUCUGACUAAUAUAAUAUUUCAUCUUUGUAGCACUAGUUUAAGAAAUUAUCAAUUUUUUUUCAUUUCUAAAUUUUAUCCUCAAAAAA